AUGAGUCGCCCAACCACCCCAUUUUCCCCACUAAUAAUUUCUAACGAUUCAGCUGAGAGUUGGGCGAAACACAUGGUGGAAGACCCAUCCUCGUCCACUUGGUUUUCACAUUCAAAACAUUUUUUUGUGUAUACCAUUGCAGGAAAACCGGCGUUUUCAAGGUACGGGUCUGACGUCGAAUUAGCGCCGUUCAUGGCGACACUAAUUGCAAUUACUUCUGUUGUGAACGACAACAAAGACGAACUGAACUAUUUACGAAGCAAAGAUCACUUAUUUGUGUUUAUGUCGAAAGGACCACUCCAGUUUUGUUGUGCAUCGAAGACGGGAGAAAACGUCUUUAUAAUCCAAAGACAGUUGGAGUUUUUGUUCCAUGCGAUGUGCUCGAUCGUCCCGUUUCCAACCAUUCAGUCAAUUUUCGACAAGUCGUAUGGCACAGAUUUCCGAAAUAUAAUUGGGGGAACAUACAACCAACUUAAAUCGGCAAUCACUCAUGCAAACACUUCGGCUGGUGUGGUACAUAACGCGUACGACAUUUAUCAAUUUGCACCAUCAGAAAGAGCUGUGAUGACCGAAGCACUGCAAAAGGCUGUUUCGAGCACAAAUAUCGAAUUAUUUAAAAGUAAUAAUGACUGCAUUCUGUUCGCAGGAGUGCUGAAAGAAGGGAAAAUCGUGUGUUUGGGAAAAAGGUCUGCACAACUCACACCUAUGGACUCACAAGUGCUUAUCGCUUUUGUGAACUCGAUUUCCGCAAGAGGGACAAUAUCAUGGAUGCCCCUGUGUUUGAGCGACUUCAACGAAAAAGCACAAAUCCACGUGUUUGUGAAUUAUUUGACCGAAGACUCGGCAAUUGUCUUUUGCGCAACACAGCCAACUUCACUGCCACAUCUGACAAGAUGUUGCGAGUCCUUUGAAAGGGCAAUCAAGGCCACAAAGGCGUUUUCUCAAAUUGAAAAUCCAUCGCAAACAAUUUGUCCAUUUUUAUCGAAAAGGGAAAUUCUUCAUUUUAUUGUGUUUGGGAAGACAGAUAAUCAGGUCUCGGCGUCAUCUUAUACCGUACACACAACACGAAAAGAACAGAAAAAACUGUUUAGGGUGUAUGAAACUUUAUACGUAGCAACUGCCGUCGAAGGUUUCAAACAAGAAAUGAUUUGCGAUGAAAAUGUAGUUGUUGUAAGCGUCGAAAAUAACACGCAUUUUGCGUUUGUCAGUUUUCCGAAAAUGGUUGACAAGAACAAAAUCAACAAAAUUUCGACGAACGUACUUUCGUGGGCUGUCAAGGAAGACUCGUUGUGGGUCAAGAAAUUUGCUCAGUUUUCAUAG